AUGGAUUCUCUGCAACGCCAAACACCUGUCAAUCCACGGUUCGGUUCUAUAAUGACUGUUUUGACUCACUAUGGUCGACCAGUGGUGGAUUCCUAUUCCAAUGAAGAUGUGUAUAAGAAGCACUACCCACCUGCAUUGAAUGAUGAAGUAUGGAGAUUGGAAAAGAUUGAGAAAGAUGGGUCAUUUCUCAAGAGGCUUAACACUGCAGGAAUACUAACUGUUGAAGACUUUUUGCGACUUGUUGUCAGGAUCAGCAAAAGUUACGAAAUAUUCUGGCAUGUCAAUAAGAUGGAAGCUCUUUUAGAUCAUGCAAAGACUUGUGUGCUGAGUGGGAAGCUCUAUGUUUACUAUACUGAUGAUUCAAGAACCAGUGGUGUUGUUUUCAAUAAUAUAUACGAUUUUCUGGACUCAUGUGGUUCUUACGGCAACCACAUCCUCAAUGCCAUUAAGAACUUUAUCCGAGCCCCGAAUGAAGUGGACUUGGACGGAAUUCUCUGCAACGCCAACACACCUGUUAAUAUGCGAAAGAUUGUUUUGACUCACUAUGGUAGACCAGUGAUGGAUGCCUAUUGCAAUGAAGAUGGUUGUUUCUCCAUCCUUCGCGUGAAGUUUGUAAGUGAAGAGGUGGAAAGAGCUUUGGCAAAAUUAGCACCCCCAACACUUAAUGGAAGGUCUUCUCCAAAACGGCUUGAUGGUCCAGAUGGAAGUAGCUUACAGCUCCACUUUAGAUCCAGGCUGUCCCUUUCUAUUUUCACUGCAGGAAAGAAAAAUGCUGGCAUUGAAGAAUUUUAA